AUGCCCAGUGACAGUCAACGUUGGGAGACAUUAGAGUUUCUAAAAAACUCGCCAAAGGGAAGGAUCACAUACGACCCGUAUUGGUCUCAGAGAGGUGAAGACAUUUUGGCAGGUUAUCACGACUCGUUGAGCUUGUCAUCGCAGUCUGGAGUCAUAUUGGAACAGCUCAACGUCAAAUCCCCUCAGAACGUUAUUGGUUUGCGUUUUAGCUCUGGUCAGUCCAGUCCUGGUCUCGUUGCCUCCGUUUCUCCUACUGGAUCGGGCUGUGAUGCCACAGCGAAGAAUAGCACAACCAGUGUAACACUACCGUUGAAGGCUGAGCAAGAACAGGCAAGUCCCCAAAACCACCAGGAUCCAGAAAAGGAUGAUGAUGAUAUCCACAGUCCCCUGCCCUCGCCAACAUUUUCCCUGCUUUCUCCUGAAGCCAUGGCGAUGGCUGGACGCAUUAUCAUGUUUGAAGCGGAGCAACGUAAAAAAGCGAAGAUUGCAUUCGAAGACCGUCAGAAGCGGCAAGAGAAGCUGGUGAUGGUAGUAGCGAGCACUGAGUCAGAGCAGCUGAAGCGCUUUGAGGAGUUCAUGGAGUUGAAGCAAAGACAGGAGUACCAAAGCAUGCGGGAUAUGAUGGACAGAGAAACAAAAGAGAGCAUUGGACGUCAAGAGAAGCUGAAGGAAGAACAGCGACACAGAUUAAAGAUCCAGAAUCUUCGUCUGAGGGAGGUGGAGCAACAGCGUCUCAGGGAAGCGGAGUUGGAGCGACAGCGGCUGGUUGAAGGCAAAGAGAGGCUACGGAACCUCAACUCUAUUCAAGAGGAGAUUCUGCAGCUUAACCAGCUGCUGGAGCCCUCAACCAAGACUCAAACCACUGUCAUAUCGGCAACUAUUGGUACCUAUAGCACACGUGGGAACCAGUUGUGUUCCCAGGUGUCUGAGGUUGUUCGAAAGACUGCAGAUGGACAGUAUCCCAGCAUGGAAGACAUGAACGUGGCAGAGCGGGCACUACAUGAAAUGAGGACUCAGAUCCGCUUGAUGCAAGAAGAGGCAGCCAAAGCUCGGGAGGAGGAGGAGAAGAAAGAGUUGGAAGAGUCCCAUAGGAAACAGGCAGAGCUGAAGAUGCAGCAAGAAGCACAAAAGAAGGCGGAUCAGUUGGCCAAAGAGAGAGCAAAAAAGCAAGGUCUGCGAAACAAUGCAGAUGACUCCACGUUAAAAUGGUACAAGGAGUUGCAGGAGAAUCUUACACAGUGUGCUCAGUCAUUUGAAGAAUUCAGUUCGUCAAAAGAUGUUCAGACCAAAAGACUAAAGUUGGAGCUCCAAAAAGCCGCGACUAUACCCAUCAGUCAAAUCACCACCAAUUCUGGAUCUAAGCUUCGAGAAAUUUUUGAUAAGCUCGACAAGCUGCUGUCCGGACAGGCGGUGGUAUCUGGGGGGAAAUCUGUUUCCUCCUCCCAUCACUCACAAGGCUUGGAUUUUGUGUUUUACAAAGUGGCUGAGAAGUUUGUGAAACAAGGUGAAGAAGAGGUAUCCUCACAUCAUGAAUCGGCCUUCCCCAUUGGCAUGGCAGCCUCGGGUAUCUGGCAACUGCAUCCCCGACUGGGUGAACUUCUCCUUGGCCACCUGCACAAAAAAUGUCCGUACGCUGUCCCUCAUUAUCCGCAAAUGAAGCAUGGCACAACUGUGGAUGAAUAUCAGAGAAUUCUUGGUUACCGUGUGGAUGACGCUGGGGUUGAAGGCCAAGACUGUUUCCUGAAAAGGAUGUCCGGCAUGAUCCGCUUCUAUGCUGCCAUUAUCCAACAGAGGUGGCCAUUCGACUCCAAGCAAGGGGUGCCUGUUCACGGUCUAAGUAAUGGUUGGCGGUGGCUGGCACAGAUGCUCAACAUGGAGCCUAUUGCAGACAUUACUGCAACGCUAUUGUUGGACUUUCUUGAGGUUUGCGGUCAUGCUUUGUUAAAAAGCUAUCAGGGCCAGUUGUGGAAAGUCCUUCUGCUUCUGAAAGAGGAAUACUUACCCAGGAUUGAAGCUGUGACAAGCAGUGAUCAGAUGGGCUCCGUCUCCAGACUCAGAAUAUUCCUUCAGAAAUCGCUGCAAGAACGACAGAUAAGUCCACCUAAGGGUGAACUGACGUCCAUGUUCUGGAGGUCAUGA